UUAGGCGCUAGACUACUUUGAAGGUGGGUUCACUAUCUUCGGAGCGGGGUGUGAAAGCUAGUUCAGUUCCUGAACCCCACAACUGUUCAACAACCUAUUGGUGCCUGACCGGUUUCAGAAGACAGAAUCUGGACGACUAGGACAUUUUCUUUUGAUAAAUACGUUUAUGAAGAUAACUGGGACCCUUGUAGCACAGAAAGCUAAAAGUUUUCCCUCGUACAGCAAGUAACCUUACGUUCUAAUGUCUUCCACGUUUGAGAGCUAGGCAGAUGGUCUAGGCUAGUCAGUCUCCGGAGUUUAUUAUUGUUUGCUAACAAUAUCUAAUUCAAAAUUCUACUAAAAUGCCAAAGCUCCUCUCUGUGCCUGUGUAUUUUUGGAGAAAAUAUUUCUCUCUUUUUUUUUUUUAAUGGAGCUGAGGAACCCAGGGCCCUGUGCUUGCUACGCAACUGCUCUACCACUGAGUUAAAUCCCAACCCCAGUAGAUAUUAUUUCUAAAUGGCUAUUGUUGCCUAAACAAAAGACUCUUGUUGCGGUCGAAAAUGCAACAGCUUCAGGGAAUAAACCUGGGGCUGGGUCAGGAUGCCCAGUAGAGUAAGCCAGUGGACUGCUGUGCUUUGUCUCUGGGCAGAUACUUGUGGAUGUUGCCAAAUAGCUCAUAGUUAGAGGGUGGAGAAGGGGUGUGGCCACCCUUCUGGCUCCUUUGCUAUCCUUUCUCUGUUCUGCUUGCUUAAAGUGGGGACAGGGAUACUUAAUCCCACACUGACCUAGCCAUUCAAGAUGUUCCUCAGCAUAGGCAAAGUGCCUCGGGCUGAAGAAAUGUGUCUAAAUAUGUUAUUCUGAGCUGUAGAGAACCAUUUUUUCAUUUUCCUUUGAACUUUAGAUUUUGAUUUAUGAGAUUGGGUUUUUCUGUGGGUAGUUUUGUCUAUCCUGGAACUAAUUCUGUAAACCAGCCUGGCCUUGAUCUCACAGAGGUCUGCUUCCCUCUGCUUCUGGAGUGCUGGAAUUAAAGGUGUGCUCCACCAUUGCCCAGCACUUCUAUGAACUUCUGAUUAUGACAGCAUUAGAUUCAGAUGCUCAAACCUGUUUACCAUCGCCUUCCUCACCUGCUCCAAAGUUCUCAUAGACAAGAGCCUUGGUCCAGCACCCUCCCCAACCCCACCCCCAUUGUUAUUGCAGGUACUCAUAUGACAGAGGUACCAGCUUUGUCUCUGGUUUAAGCAGGUGAGCUCUUCAAACCUAGGCCAUGGGAAAGUAUGAAGCCUGAACGCAGAACAAUAGCCACAAGACAGUGGACCAGGAGUACCGUGGCCUACCACACUAGGUCUACAGCCAAGAAGAAGAGGGUGUCUGUAAGGAGGAUGAGCACACCAUCCUUCCAGAAGCGGAAGAGGAAGAGGCCUUCUCCCCAGUCCCUGGGGAACAUUGUGGGGUGUAGAAUUUCACACGGAUGGAAGGAAGGCGAUGAGCCUGUCACCCAAUGGAAGGCCAUAGUUCUAGAUCAACUGCCAACAAAUCCCUCUCUCUAUCUGGUCAAGUAUGAUGGAGUUGAUUGUGUCUAUGGACUGGCACUUCACAGUGAUGAGAGGAUUUUAAAGCUUAAGGUCUUGACUCACAAAGUUGUGUUUCCUCAAGUGAAAGACGCCCAUCUCGCAAGUGCCAUGGUUGGCCGUGCUGUGGAGCAUAAAUUUGAGGGCAAACAUGGCUCUAAGGACAACUGGAGGGGGGUGGUCCUAGCCCAGGUGUCAAUCAUGAAGGACUGGUUUUACAUCACCUAUGAGAAAGAUCCAGUCCUAUAUAUCUAUCAACUCCUGGAUGAUUACACAGAAGGUAAUCUCCGUAUCAUUCCAGAGAUUUCGCCAGCAGAGGUGAAGUCAGAAGUUGGCAGCGACAUCUUAACAGGUCAAUGUGUGCAGUUCACCAGAAGUGAUGGGUCCAAAAAGAUCGGCAAAGUCAUUUACCAAGUUCUAGCCAAGCCUUCCGUGUACUUCAUCAAGUUUGAUGGCGACGUCCACAUCUAUGUCUAUAAUCUGAUGGAAAAGAUCCAUUAAGAUACCCAAUGGCCUUUGACAACCCCAGUAUCUUUUCCAGUGGAAUUUGUUUUUGCUCUAAAAAUUAAAAUGUGUGAUGUGA